AUGGCGGCCCGCUACGGCGCGGGGCAGUACGAGGACGCCUUCAGCCCCCGCCGCCUGCAGAACUGGGGCGUGCCGCGGCCCGGCCGGCAGCGCCCCUCGCUGUGGGAGGGUUCCACACCGAUCGUCGCCAAUGACCGGGGGCACCUGCUCCCUGCAGUGCCCCGCUCCCAGGCCUCCCCAUGGGGCAGGUUUGUGGGGACCUGGGAGAUGCCGCCAAGGAUCCCCCCGGCCAGGCUGGACCUGACCUCCCGCUCGGCCGCCGCCACCGCACAGCUCAUCGACUGGAUCUGCCGACCCACCGCCCUGACCCGCGCCUGCAAUGGCCUGCGGACGGAGAUCACCGGGAAAGUCUCCAUCAAAAGCCUGAUGAGCAGAGCAGAUGUUCCCUAUAAAGCCGACAUUUUGCCGGCUGAUGAUGUGAAUGGGAAGGAGGAUCCUUCCUGA